GCAGGAGCCCCAUCCCCUGCCCCACUGCAGGCAGGGGCCCCCCAUUCCCCCCUGUACCAUCCACCAGCGCCCCAAUGACAUGACUGACAAUGCCGCCGGCACCAUGUUGAGCCCCAUGUGCCCCUCCCACCACCCCCAUUUCCUUCCUGCCCCUUUCCGGGCCAUGGCCGCCACCAGCAGCGGUGGUUUGGGGGGUCCUGCCAUGGCCACGGGCUGGGACCGCAUCCUGCGGGUGCUGGAGGAGCUGCCGGCGCUGGAGCUGCGGCGCGUGAAGGCGGCGCUGAACCGGCUGCCGGUGGCGGCGGGGUACCGCACCGUGCCCCAUGGCAGGAUGGAAGAGGCCGAUGCCCUCGACCUCACCAACCUCAUCGUCGGCCACUAUGGGGAGCGCUAUGGGGUGACGGUGAUGGGUGAGGCGCUGCUGAGCAUCCAGCGGAGGGACCUGGCUGGGUGGCUGCUGCAGGAUGGUGCCCCUCACCGCACCCCCGAUGACGCCACCGAUGACGCCACCGAUGACGUCACGGAUGCCGCCCCGUCGCCGGAGGAGCGGUUCGUGCGGCGGCACCGCGCGGAGCUGGUGCAGCGGGUGCGGGGGGUGGCGGCGCUGCUGGACCGGCUGCAGGCGCGGGGGGUGCUCGGCACCGAGGACGCGGCCGCCGUGGCCGCCGGGGCCACCCCGCAGGAGCAGAUGCGGCGGCUCCUGGACACGGCCCCGGCGUGGGGCCGGCGCGGCCACGGCUGCUUCCUGCGGGCCCUGCGGGCGCUGCAGCCCUGCCUGAUGGAGGAGCUGGGUGAGCACCCCCAGGAGGAGGAGAUGGGGCUGCCCUGAGCCCCACAGAGCCCUACGGGACCCCUUGGACACACCAAAUCCCUUCAUGACAUGUCGACCUUUGGGGGCCCUCAAGGAGCUUCUGGAUCAUAGAAUCAUGGAAUGGGUUGUGUUGGAAGGGAGCUUAAAGCUCAUCUAAAGCCACGGGCAGAGACACCUUCCGCUAGGGCAGGUUGCUCCAAGCCCCAUCCCCUUGAACACUGCCAGGGAUGGUUCAUCCAACCCUUCUCCAUUCAACCCAUCCCAGUGUCCCACCACCCUCGCAGGGAAGAGCUUCUGCCUCAGAGCUCAUCUCAGUCUCCCCUCUGGCAGGUUAAAGCCAUUCCCCUUGGCCUGUCCCUUGUCCAAAGCCCCUCUCCAGGUUUCUGCUCUGGGUGGCCCUGCCUUGGGCUCAAUGAUCUCCCCAGGUCCCUUCCAACCCCAAUGAAUGUGAUGAGGGUCUGGGGGGGCCUAUAGGGCUCUAUGGGGCCUGACGGACCUGGUUCUCCCCUCUAUCCCCGCCACCAAGAUGGGGAUCCCACGUGUCGGGGUGCACCCACGGAGCUGGGGGCUUCCAGAAAGGAGUCGGGAUUUGGGGUGGGGGACACGGGGUCCAAGACAAAGCUUUUAUAUGGGGAGGGUGCGUGUAAUAAACGUUGCCUGUAA